UGGAGAAGGUCUGUGCGCCGCUGGUCAGCGGACCUGAGCGCAGCGCACCGAGACGCCUCCUCCCGCAGCCCCGCCGCUGCCUCUGGAGACUUUUUCUUUUCCCUCAGACACUUUUUGCAGCUUUGCAUCGAGAGACACGUCAGGAAAGUGGAUACCAGGUUUGCGUGGAAGCGGCUCGAGCGCAGCCUCUCGGAUUUUGGAUUACUCCGUCAAGAGUUUCAAAGCCGUCACCAUGUUAAAGGACCCGUGGCUGUUCCUGCUCGUACUCUUCUCCACUGGGCUGGUGGAAUCCUCUGAUUGCCCAACAGAGUGUUCCUGCCAGGCCUCCGAGUCAAUAUUUUGCUUCCAUCGAAAUGCACCAACUGUGCCUCGUGUGCCAACGAACACUCAGAAUCUGUACAUCUUCCAGAAUGGUAUUCUCAACUUGGCACAAGAUGACUUCAAAGGCCUUGUGGAGUUGGAAUUACUAGACCUGAGCCAGAAUCAGCUGAUGGAGAUUCCGAAUGGUGUAUUUGAGAUGCUGUCAAAGCUGAAGAACUUGGACCUGUCUUCAAAUCAGAUUACCCAUAUCUCAAAAGACAGUUUUUCUGGACUGGUCCACCUGGAGAGACUGUAUCUCCAUUCAAACCGCAUUCAGAUCAUUCAUGCGGAAGCUUUCGAAGGUUUGGAGAUGCUACUGGAACUAAAACUGCAAGGGAACCAGCUCACCUCUCUACCAACCCUUCGUUUCCCAAAGCUUCUCCUUUUAGACCUUAGUCACAACAACAUCCCAACACUAGGACCCUCAGACCUGCAGACUCCUCAUCUGGAGGCCUUGAAGGUGGCCAGCUUAGGUCUUACAUCUCUUGAUGAGGAUCUUGUGGCCUCCCUCAAGAAUCUCCAUGAGCUUGACAUCUCAACAAACCAGCUAACUGAGGUGCCCCAAGCCCUGAAGCAGGAUUCUCUAAAGGGUCUGACCAGGCUAAGUCUGGCUGCUAACCCACUCGGUGAGCUUAAAGUGGAAGAUUUCCAGAAACUUUCUGGAAUUCAGGAACUAGAUCUCAGUGGGCUUAAUCUCCAGGGAUUUCCCCCGCGAUUUUUCCAGAUUUUCCCAAAGUUGGUGCACCUGACAGCUGCUGAGAACCCAUUCAACUGCUUGUGUGACCUUGCCUGGUUUCCUGUGUGGUUAAAAGAAAAGGCUGUCAAUCUUGGAAGGCCUGAGGAAACCAGAUGUCACUUUCCCAUUGUCACUGCUGGAAAGAAGCUGUCAGCAUUGGAGCACAAAGACUUUGGAUGUCCACCAGCAACAACCGUGCUUACUGGGUCCCCGAUUGGAAGUACUGCAGUUCCCCAGAUCCAGACUACUCCUUCAGAAAAUACUCUUACCAAUGCUAUACCACCCCCUCCACCACCACCACCAAGCCAAGAAACCAUCUCCUCAAAAACAGACAGCUACCCUCAUUCGCCAGAUACCCCAGUUUCCCCAAGCUCCACCAGUGGGGAGUAUGAGCAGCACUUCUGCCCACCAAAUAUCUGCUUGAAUGGGGGUACUUGUAAUUUUGAUCCAUUGGGCCAACUCAGCUGUCUGUGUCCGACAGGAACAUCUGGCCUCUACUGUGAAAAUGUGGAUGAAGUUCCAGAGCCACCGAAACCGUCAGCAACUGAAAUUUCCGUAGCUGCUCCAGUGAUACCUGAUAAACCCGAUGCCAUUAGCUCACGGCAAGUGACCUCCACCUCAAUACUUUUGGACUUGCACCGGUUCAUCGAGACACGGCCACACAUUCGUGGAAUUAGACUGACCUAUCGCAACCUGUCCGGGCCUGACCGCCGGCCCAUGAUACUCAGUGUGCCAGCAUCCUACCCCGAGUACACGCUGCGUGGUUUGAGACCAAAUUGUACCUACUCAGUUUGUGCCAGUCCUCUAGGUGAGAGAGUCAAUCCGAGAGCCAACAGCUCUUCAGAAACAGGGUCAUGUACGGAGGCUCGCACUGAAGGAGUUCCGCUGACAUCCUUGGAGCCCUGGGUGGAGACUAAAAGCUCAAUGACGAACACUGUCAUCUCUGCUCUAGCUGCCCUGGCACUGGUGCUCGGGCUGGCUCUGGUGGCCGGCACGAUUAUUUGCCUCCGGAAGAGGCGACAGACCAAUGCAGGAUUGGAGCUUGAGCUGGGUCCAGCUGACCCUGAUCCCAUGGAACUGGAGGGCAUAAAGGCUUGCCUCGAGAAUGGGGGAAACGGUACACUACCCCACAAGCAACCCGAGAUCGAUCGUUGCCACACCCCACAGCCGCCUCCAUUCUUGCAACAAAACGGGAGUUUGGACUAUGAAGUACCCUUAAUGCAAGGACACUGCCCAUCAAAUAACAAUCUAGCAUCUCUAAAGCCAUCAUAUUUCUAAUUCCUUGGGACGACUUUGGAAAGAAUGCCCAUCAGGACUCGUGAGAUCCAUCUAUGGCUCACUUAGUGGUUGAAUAUAUUUUUCAUUCCAUUUUCAGAUAACCACCAUUUGAGAAGUGGCGCUCUCUAUCCUUCCUUUGUUGUCUGUAUGAUGAGACAACAGUUUGGAUGAUCUAUUUCUGAGACAUCGAAUGAUGAAUUCAUGAUCACAGCAUGUUGGAAAUGUGCUAAACCACUAUGGGACAAUAAACCGGAUGUGAUUUUGGACGGGAAUCCAAACCGAGUCAAAACGUUAAGUGCAAUCAAGGAGAAAGGUCCUCGUAACAGACUGACAACGGAAGUGCCUUUUUGCAUUGAGAUAACUGUAACUAACAGCUCAUUGAAAAAAUUUGGCGAAAUAAACAAUGUGACUGAGCUCUAAUCCUCGUGCUGGAUUGAGGAGACGUGUUCUGGAGAAAGUGCCUCCAGCCUCUGGGCCACAGAACUGGAGGAUUAAACAAUGAUUAAUAUGAAAGCAGCAUUGGAGAUGUUGGCACGCCUGGACCACUCGUCAGUAAAAAUGAGAGUUUGAAGCGACAUCAACACACCUUCAUGGGGAUUAUACGAAGAACUUGCACUGAAAAGAAUGAUUUUUUUUCUUUCCAUUUUUUUAAUUCACACACUCCCAUAAGACUGAUAAUCAUGAGGAAAUGCGGUGAGAAAGUGUUGUGGUGAGUCGAUGACCAAUAAUGCUGCAGCGUCAUGUUUUGUUAAUGACAUUACCCAAUCUGACUCAAAACCUACCAGUUCUUAGGAUCUGAACUGAACACUUCAAUCUGCACGAUAACACUCUCAAAGCCCAUGUCCUCGGGAUUGGUGGGCGAUAAUUUGCUGUGAAAGAUAAAUGGGAGUGGACUUUGCCUGCAUUGUCCUGAGCUGCGACGGACAGGCUGGUUUGUCUUGUUGAUAUAAUUGUAUUCUGUUUUCGUCUUGUGUUUUUGUAAAAAUGUUUUUUGUCUUUGAAGCUCAUUCAGUAUUGAUAUCGUUCCCAGCUGAAACAAUGAUUGUGUAAUUGUUUCCACUUAAAAAAAAGCCUACAUAAUUCAUCACAAGACCUUUUUUUUCUUUCUUUUAGGUUACAUAAAGCUAUGAACUUUCCUGAACAUGCAGUGAGUGUAGAAGUAAAUUCUUGCAUAAGCUCUAGGAAGACCAAAUCUAAAAGCGACCAGCAAAUAUCUUUUUAAUACCUUUAAGUGCAUAUAGUAAAGUAGGACUCGGUCAUCUGUACAGAAAAGUACAGAUUUUGUUUAUUCUUGCCAGCGUAAAUCACUCUAACUCACCAAGUGAAUGUAUCUGCUGAGUGUUAGACACUUUCCUCUGUCCGCCUGAUCCGCCGGCGCUGCAUAACGACACGCUUCAGACAAGCCUCAGACUGUUUUUGAACACCAAAGCACCCAGAAAACUGUGUUCAAAGGCCUUUUGCCACAAAGCCCACUCCUAUAAAGCAGCACGCACGUGCCAAGAAAAGAAAGUGAGUUCAAAGAGAUCCAGGACAAUUUGCUCUAAGUGUCAGGGAGUUCUAAGCAACAUAUUUCCUCUGGGAGCUGCUGACCGUAUCGAGUCUGAGGUGUUGUCUAGACAGUGCAGCUUUUAGCCUUUCCCUUCUUUUUUCCCCCCCUGUUCAUUUCCACCUCCUCUUUAACUCAACAACUUGUUUUUUGUAAACAAAUAUAAAUAAUUGGCUCCUGAGUUUGAGGAUUAUUUUGCUUGUUUUCUGCCGACCAGACUGUGAAAUGUACAGGCUAAAUGCAGCGCUCUUAUUUUUCUGUCUGGUGCUGGGAAUGUGACAGGCUUGGUCGAGUUUUGACGUUUAACGUUUUAUAUCUCCUCCCUAAAAGUACAAGCGUGGAAAGAAAUUCCUCGGUGUAGUAGGUUUACAGAGACGUGCCUUAGAAACAAUGAUAGAGAGCCUAACUGACAUCUUGCAGUGUCACAUUACAUGCUGAUGUGCACUUCAAGAACAAAAGGGCUAUUAUUUUGGCUCAGAAAACUUUGCAAUCCAUCACUUUAGAAAGUAAAAAAAAAAAACAGAAGAAGAAACAUGAAAUGUAAUGCAAUGAAAUGAUAGUUUCAUUUUUUUUUUAUUUUAAUGAAAAGGCCUCAUUCAAUUCUUGGUUUGCCAACAGCCUGAAGCUCAGAUAACUGUGGUAUCUGUGUGUGUGUGUGUGUGUGUGUGUGUGUGUGUGUGUGUGUGUGUGUGUGUGUGUGUGUGUGUGUGUGUGCAGUAUAAUCCUGCACUACCUGCCAUACACUUCCUAUUUUCUGGCUUCAGUCCUUUCUGUCAGUAUUCCAGUAUAAACACAGACACAGAUGCUCAUAUAUCUGCUUUCUCCCCAACAUAUGAACUGCAGGAUUCCUGCUUUAGACGGCGAGAGAGUUCAGGAAAUGUCUGAGAUAUUUUCAUCGUGCUUGUAGGAGUACCUUCCCUGCUGCUUUAGGGAACUUUCCUCUUCUUCUGAUUUUGUAUGUUUGUCAGUUUGCUGGCUUGGCAGUAGCAUUUCUGUGUACAUGUUUUUAUGUUAUUGUUGGUUUGUUUUGUUUUUUUUUUGCCAGAAAAACGAUGCUGAGAAAAAGAACAGUAUUAAAAUGCCUUUAUGAAAAUA